GUUGGCUUACAGUUAGACACUGUUUAAUAUCACAUCUCUUCAGACACUCAUCUCGUCUAUCAUUUCAUUCAAUUGAAGCAUAUUUUCGUGUUUUUCAAAACUAACUGUUGUUUUGUAAUUGUGUGUCAAAAGUGACGAUUGCAAGGGAUUUAAUUGCUUACUCUGUGUCCAAAGUUUUACUAACAAAUACUAUCGGCAAACAUGACUAUGACUGCAAUGAUGUCCAAAAACAAUGAUCACGUCAAGAGACCGAUGAAUGCAUUUAUGGUAUGGUCGAGAGGACAGCGACGGAAGAUGGCUCAGGAGAACCCAAAGAUGCAUAACUCGGAGAUCAGUAAGCGUUUGGGUCAGGACUGGAAACUGUUGACUGAAUCCGAAAAGAGACCCUUCAUUGAUGAGGCAAAGAGGUUGAGAGCUCUUCAUAUGAAAGAGCAUCCAGACUAUAAGUAUCGGCCCAGACGUAAGCCAAAGCCUAUGGUGAAGAAAGACAAUGGCUAUUUGGGAUCAGCGCAGGCAUACAUGAGCCCAUCAAUGAGCUCACCCUUUGAUCCGAUGGCGCGAUUCGCGGCUUUCACGUCAUCGCCGAGUGAUAUACCGGUAAGUGUGGCCGGAAUGUCGCUCGAGAGUGAAAAGGCGGCCACCGCUCGAUCAUUCCCGUUGAGUGUUCCGCCACUUUACGCACCGGGAGGUCAUCUCAAUGCGAUGGUCAACACUAUGAAGAUGAGAGGCGCGGAGUUAACGCCGGCGGCACUCAAAGCCAAUAACGACGCGUUCGGCAACUUUUGGUCUUCGCCGUCACUUUACUCCCAAUCGGCCGCCUCUUCAUUACUGUCGUCACUGUCAGCCCAUUCCCAUCUCACUCACCCGCAGGCCACACAUCCUCAUCAGUACAACAUGAAUCAGAACCCUUGUGGCACAUAUCUGCCGGCGCCCAACUAUCACUUGCCACCCGUUACCUCCCAUUCGGCUACAAAUGCACAGUUUAGUGUCGACCACUUCCGCAACAAUCCGUUCGCCGCCGCGUAUUUCAUGUCUGGUUUGCCCAAAAUGGACGACCGGAUGGCAAGUUUGGCCAAACUCUCUCCGCCACCCAUUAUUUAA